AUGGCCGCAGCAAAGAAAGCUUUACAGAUAAGAUUACCUCCUCUACCAAGUAUUAAGGAUAUUAUUCGGCUGUACAAACUUCGUGCUCUACGCGAACUGUCUCAGAACUUCCUUAUGGAACCUCGCAUUAUAGACAAAAUAGUGAACGCCGCUGGCAAUUUAGAAAAACAUGUCGUCUGUGAAGUAGGGCCUGGCCCCGGUGGAAUAACAAGGUCAAUAAUACAGAGAGCUCCAAGAAAAGUUAUUUUGAUAGAGAAGGAUCGCCGUUUUAUACCAUCGUUAGAGCUAGUUGCUGAUGCAUGCAGAAAUCAAGUUGACGUAGAUAUCAUACCGGGCGACAUUCUCAAGACAGACAUUGGUCACUUCAUUCCUGAAGAUGUGAAGACAGACUGGCAUGACUCACCUCCACCAGUACAUCUAAUUGGUAACCUACCUUUUAGUGUCUCUACAAUCCUCAUAAUCAGGUGGCUAGAAAUGAUUUCAAAGCAAGAAGGUCCAUGGUCUUUUGGGAGAGCAAGGAUGACAUUAACAUUUCAAAAAGAAGUAGCUGAGAGGAUGGCAGCUAGAAUCUUGAGCGAUCAGAGAUGUCGGCUAUCAGUUAUGUGCCAGAAUUGGUGCACAGUCAGACACAAAUUUGACAUUUCAGGAGGUGCAUUUUUGCCAAAACCAGAUGUCGAUGUUGGAGUAGUAACCUUAACUCCUUUAAAGAACCCGAUAAUACAGCAUCCUUUCAAAAUGGUAGAAAAAGUAGUUCGGCAAAUAUUUUCUAUGAGACAAAAGUAUUCUAUCAGAGGUGCUCAGACUUUGUUCCCAGAAGACGCUAGGGAAGAAAUGGCACUGCGUAUGUACAAGAUGGCUGACAUUGAUCCUGUCACCAGGCCUUACCAGAUCGCUAACAUGGAGUUUGCCAGAAUAGUAGAUGCAUACAGUGAAAUAAUAAAACAGUAUCCUGAAUUUGAGCACUAUGACUACAGAGCUAAAAAGGUUAAAUACAAUAAUACAGAGGAGGCGGAAGAUUUAAUUUAUAAUUAGUUGGUGUAGAUGUAUAUAAUAUUAGUUAUGUUUGAAUAAAUAAUUUCUGAAUA